CAUUAAAAAUGACCACGGGGGUAUAGUUGAAGGAACUGAAGUAGUAGAAAAUGGUUGUGUAAUUUCAGAUAAUUUGAUCAAAGACACGCUUGAAAAUGACCUGACUGCGAUGGCUGAAGAAACAUUGAAAGUUUAUUGCAAAACAGCGGCAGAAACCACUGGCGAAAACGCAUUAAGUGAAGCACUGCAAACAAUGUCAAAGAAAGCGGAAGAAGUUGCAGGGCAGGACCUGGGUUUAGCCCAGAAUGCUGCUACGGCUAUGAAAUCCCCGACACCAAUGGGAUCCCUGGCCCACCAGAUGUACAGAACUAUGACAAACCACGGAUAUGGUGGCAAGGACUUCUCAUCAGCAUUCAUGUUCUUACAGGACCAGAAAAAGAAAUAAAUAGCAUUCGUGUGAUUUUAAACAAGAACAAAGAAACCACCUCAAGUUUUAAUGAAGUAAUUCAAGUUUUUCGUAAAUUUAUUUGAUAAAUUUGUACCCUUAAGGAAGUACAUGCAUAGGACUCAUUAGGAACAUGACAUCCAAUAAACUGAUUCCUGUUAACUUACAUAAAAAAUUAUUGAAUUUUUACUCUUUGAUAUUUGAGGCAGUAUCUUUCUUGAUUUUAUGCAUUUAAGUGAACCUUGAAACAGAAAAAAGUUUAUUGUAGUGCUUGUAAUUGAAUUGAAUAGGUUUGAAAAUAGUUAAAUCCUAACAUAUAAGAUAUGUAAACAAAUAUGUAAAAGAUGUCCAUGACUUUCAAUCUAGUCACUUUUCUUGAAAAUCUCAAUUUUGUCUGCUGCUUUAUUUUUUAAGUGAAAGGCAUUUUCUUACUUUUGAAAAAACGAAUCUGUUAAACUAAUUGGCUUCAGUAGAAAAGAAUGUGACAAAAUGAAAUGUGAAUAUAUAGUUUUACCUGAAAUGAUUACUCAGUACACUUUAAUAUUUGUGCAUGUAUUUUCAUAUGGUUUGAUACUAAAUGAAUUGAGUGUUUAUGUGUCUGUGUGUUUAACCAAGAAUGUUUUUUAUUGUUUUUAAGUAUAAUACAGGUUUAUAUAGUGUGAACUGGUGUAUGUGUUUUGUGGGUUGUGUAUAGUAAAUCUUGACGCAGGAGAAGUAAUUACAAAUGAAGUUAUUACAUGCCUUACCAUAAAUUGUACAUGACAAUUUCCAGUUUACCAUGCUAGGGAGUCACAUGAAGUGUGCACAUUUCGAGGGUUCAACGCAAUAAGGGCGUUUCUACAAAUGAUUAUUAUAUGUAGAUACGCCCUUAUUGCGUUGAACCCUCGAUUUGAGUUUAUGUAUAUUACAAAUAGCUGAUUAAACCACUGUGGUGUGCCUUAAGUGGCCCUUGUGCCAAAAAAAGGUUUAGCCCUGGGACUUACAACUGCCAACAGUAUAAACUUCUUUAUAUUUGUGUCAGGGAUAUUUCUGAGUAUGAUCAUAGAAAGUUUUGUGUCACAGUGUGUAUGGCUUAAGCAUUUGUAGUUAAAUUUUCCCCUCAUAUAUAUAAUCAGACAAUAUGUUGAUUAGCUGCAAUAUGAAAAGAAGGUAUGCAAUGUAGAACAAAUCUUCCUUGCUCAUUUUGACCUAGGCUUAAAAUCUAUUCAUUAGACUUUACUUAAAAAAGCCCAUUUAAAUCGCAUCAGCAUAUAUUGAAAACUGAUUUUUAUCAUGAUGAUUAUCAAUCUGAAAAUAUGGAUGUUUGAUAAAAAAAAUCUGAACAGGAAUUUCGUUUGUCGUGGAUAAAAUACAAAAGAGGGGUUUUGCCUGUUUUUUUACAGUUUUGAAUGAAAUGUUUAGUCUUAUGAUUAUGUAAUAUUGAUAUUCUAUACACAGUGAUGAUUUAGAUUAAUAUAGUUAAUGAUUUUCAUCUGUAUUUAGAAAAUGGUUGUAUGGUUUUGUAUAAUAACAUGAGUCAAGUUUAAUUGUUUUUAAUUUGAGAAUUAUCCUGCAAAAAUACUCACUUUUGAGAUAAAACUCAGUGUGCAGAAGGUUGAUACAGAGUAACAGUGGGAUGGAGUUAUUGUGCAAAUUAAAAUUGAAUUUGUUUAUUGUGCCUAUUAGCAGUGGGAUAAACUAUGCGAUUCUGCAAUGUGAUUAGUUAUGUGUGUGCAAAUUAACAACGUAUUGCUGAAAGUGUAUUAUCAACAAUGGGAUUUCAUGCUAAAAUUUACAACAGAAUUGAAAUAUAGUGCAUAGCCAACAAUAGGAAGAACUUAAUGUGUAAAUGGACAAUGGAAUUAACAUAUUUUGCAUUUUCAACAAUGGGAUAAACUUACUAUCAGUCUAAGUGUGAUGGGAUAUUUAUGCAAAAAGAUCAGUAACAAUAGGACAAACUUAAUGUACAAAGUAACAAUUAGAUUAAAAUGUUGUGCACAUCAACAAUGGGAUGCGCUUUCAACAAUUAUUCAAAUGCAAGGUUACAGUGUAAUGAAAUGAGUGUUAAGAAACCACAAGACCUGCAGUCAUACAUGUAUUGCUUACCAUAUUCAUAUGUCCCAUUCUUUAACAAACUGUGUAUUUUUGAAGUGAUUAUUAAUAAAAACAUGCAUUUUGUGACAACCAUCUGUUUUUGUUAAUGGCAAUAAUUUUUAAAACCUUUAUCAUUGGUCUGGACCAAAACUUGCCUUUUGUAGUAAAAAGGAUUUGAAAGGUUGUCUUGCAUUAUUAUAUAAGUGGGUCAUAAGAUUUUGUUAAGACUCGUAUUAUAACGGCAAAGUGUUUUUUAAAAAAUGGCUGUAAAUAAAAUGUAUCACUCAAAAU